AUGAACAGAUCCCCUCACCACUUUUGCUUUACAUUAAGAAGAUUCAAGCAUGGUUCGAUCGAUUAUCUUACGAAAUCUAUCCUGGAAGUGACUGAGUUACCACGAUAUUCAGUUACAACGUUACAAACACCAUCAUCCAAUAACAGAGCCCAUGAUUUACGCAAAAAAAUAAUCAAUCCCAACAUCCUCAACGACAUAUUUUCAGACAUCCCUACUAAAGACGACAUUGCUAAAUCACAACGGUUCUUCAACAACUUAAAAGUGGAGUUGGACUGGACACUAGCAGAUUACGAUGAGAUACCGGAUGUCAAGUACAAAAGAUUAAAGUCAAUGGCAACUAAUGAGCAUGCUUCCAAACGCACAUUUGGAAUAAAGCCAGAAUUGUUGAAGCCUUUGCCAGAAGUGCUUUUAAUGGGACGUACCAAUGCUGGGAAAUCCUCCUUGAUAAAUAACUUGUUGAUUCCAAAAAAGAGUCUAACGAGGCAGGAGCAGUUGGCUUAUGUUUCUUCCAAAGCUGGCUUUACAAAGACUUUAAAUUGUUUUAGGCUUUCUAAUCAACUACGAUUGGUUGAUAGUCCUGGUUAUGGUAGAGGUGGUAUUGAAACACAAGGAAAAAUGGUUCUCAGUUACAUCAACAAUCGGAGCCAAUUGAAACAGGUAUUGCUUUUAAUAAGCUCUACAGAGGGCAUUGCCGAUGAAGAUUUGGAGUUGACACAUUACUUGCUCGACAGAGAUGUACCUCUCUACAUUGUUUUCACCAAAGUAGAUGAGUUAUUGAAGAAGCACUUCAAAAGGGAUUUGUUUAAAAGGGACAAUGCCGAAGCGCUUAUCAAAAAUACAAACCAGAGGAUUGUAGAGCUUUAUGCCAAGUUGAUUGAUGAUUCGGAACUCCAAGAUGGUCCAAACGCUCCCAAGUUCAUGUUCAACAAUGCACAAACCAACAAUAUAUUGACGGAGUUUGCGGGUAUAAAAACAAUCAGAUAUAACAUACUCAAAAGUUGUAGUGUAUAG